CAAAUCGAGCAGACCUGUGUCGCUCCGUAGAGCGAGUUCCCCCAAAUAAAAAAAGAAUUAUACGAAAAUCCGCCUGUGUUAGGAGCAGAAAAAAGAAUAAUUUUAAACCAACAUACACAAUCAGUUAGUUUCCACCGACAGUCCGCAGAAACCAUUCGACGGCAACGGAACGGGCGCGCGAUUGUCGGCAAUCCGCAAGAUAGCCAAAUAUUAUUGUUCAGACACACAGAGGGCGUUGAUAAAAAAGAUCACCCAGACAACUGAAGAUCGAGCCGAGUGUUUUGAAAUCAGUGAGAUUCUGUGUGAAAAGUCGGUUCAAUUGAAUUCGAAAUAAAAAAAAGAGUUCCCAGCGAAUUUCACCAGCUGGAGCAACCGAAGUGACCCACCGAACAAAUCGAACCCAACCAACCCAAUCGAUCGAUCGAUCGUGUAAAAGGACUUUCGGUUUCGUUAAGAGUGUGCGAUAAAGAGCCGGAUUUGUGAUUCCCCCGGCAAACGAGGACUUUUUGCGGAAUAAAUCCAAGAAAACAGCAGUGGCAACAAUAACAACAUCGGCCGGAGCAUCGUCAUAGAUUUUGGCUCUCCUAAAGCAACAACUUCUGUCUGCACUUGGUAUAUGUACUUAAACAUAUAUAUACUUAUCUAUACGCACAGAUAUAUAAAACAAAAACGAUCGAUUCUCGUGCCCGCGCGUGUGACUGUGUGCGUUCCCAUGUUGCAUAUAUAUAUGCACAAAAAAAUAAAUAUAUAUAUAUAUAUCUCUAGAGCCGACUGUUGCGACGACUUUUCUAUAUAAUCGGCUAGUGAGCACGCAGACAACGAAAAGGUGCACAAAUACAACCAAACAGAUGCGGGUAUAUAUGCAUAUGUAUUGCAUAUAUAUCUAGCCAAAGCCAAAGUAGAAGAUAUAUAUGCGUAUAAGCUGAACGCGGCGCACUCUGCUCUGUUUUUUCUUUUAUAAUUACUUUUGUCUAAAAUUAGAAGACGUGUGUGUUGUGUGUGCCCCGUCCGUGUAUCCGUAUCCGUGAGAUACGCGUGAGUGUCCGCGUCUGCUAUAUCGCACAUCAUCAUCAACAACGUACACCAUCCUCAUCAUCAUCAUCAUCGUCAUCAGAGAUCUGCGGCGGUGUGUGUGCCAGAAAAGACUACUCGUGAAUCAGACUACGGCUGCGACUACGACUACGACUACGGCUACGGCUAUAUAGGCGAGAGAUCGCGUAUACGGCCAGACAAACAUUAUCGUAUAUCUGGCGGCGAGGAUUACAAUUACAAGAGCAGCAACAGCAACAGCCGAAGCUAAAGCCGAAUACGAAUAUCACGAGUACGAGUACAAACGAGCCCCAAUCCGAAUCCGAGUACGCAUCCGAACCCGAAUCGAGACGAUACGAUACGAUACGAGACGAUCGCGCGCGUGAAAAACCUCGUGAAGAAAAGCGCUACGAGAAAAGUGGGGGAAAAAUCAAACGCCACGCGACCUUAGGCCCGUCCAAUUGGGGGGGGCGUGCAGCGGGGCGUGGCCGUGCGGCGACUCCUAGCGAUCGCUCAAGUGAAACGCGGCGAAAUUCUGGGCAGAUAACAAAAAAUGAGUCACCAAAAAAGCAGCAGCAGCAGCAGCAACAGCAACAACAGCAACAUCAGCAACAGCAGCAACAUCAAACAACCGAGUGCGGCCAAGUGUUCAUAAAUUAAUGCUAGGAAUACAGUGUUGUGUUAGACCAGUCCGAAAGACACUAUCCCCCUCUCUCUCACCCUCGAACAGUCCGUCUCUCUCUCGCCCCUGCUGUCGCUCAAAAUGCUACGAAACUAUCGAAAGUAUUUGCAGGAUAAACGGAAAUACGACAAGCCACAACGACGAGGCAGCGAAGGAUACAUUUGUCACGUUUAGGCAGAUUGCAAGGACACAGGAUACACCAGCCCCCCAGCAGCAGCAGCAGCAGCAGCAACUAGCAGCAAUACGCAGCAGCAGCGGCAGCAACACGCAGCAGCAACACUCGCUAUCGAGAUUUUGUACAUAAAGUCGGGGCAAUAGCAACAACAACUUUGGAGGACGCCAUGUAUGCGCAACAUUUGCGCAAAUGGAGUCUAAAAACAAAAACGCAACUAAUGCCAUUGAUAUUGCUAAUUAUCAGCUACAUGUUGCUACUAGCCACAUGUGUGUCGGCGACGACACAACAGCAACAGCAACAGCCAAGAUUAUGGGAAGGCAGUGCCGAAGAAAGCAGCUACUAUAUACCACUGAGUUCGGAUAAUGGCAGCGGGAGCAGUGAAAGCAGCAGCAGCAGCAGCAGCAGCAACAUCGACAACAAUAUCUUAAGUAGGCUGCUCAGCCUCACCAGCAAUAGUCUUAGUAGCCGUAGCAAUGUUAAGUUAGAGCCAGCAACAGUAUUCGACGCCGGCAGCAGUUCAGCCGCUCAGCAGGAGCAACAUGUUGCUGCCGUGCCAGAGCAGCAGCAGCAGCAACAGCAGCAGCAGUCAAUGCAAAAAGUUCCAAAUACGUUAAUCAAUAGUCAAAUAUAUAAUUUAUUAUACAAUGGCAUGCCCAGCGAGGCGGCGAGCAGUAAAAUGCGUCGUCACAUCCAACCAUCACAGCUGCAACAUCAGCAACAUCAACAGGAGAGUUUAGCCCGAUUGCCGAGCAACUACAGCAGUCGGGCGGUACAGAGCUAUCUGAUAGAGUCCUUCGAAGUGCCAGAUAGCCAGGCGGAGGAUCGCAGUCAGGAGCAGACGGCGCGAAGUCGGCGCGACGGUAGCAACACCAAUGUCAGCCGGCAGCAACAUCGCCCCGGCCACCGGCAACAGUUGCAGCAGGACAAGCGCGAUCAUCGCCGCCAGCGGCAGGAUCAAAGGAAGGAGCAGCAACAUCAGCACAGGAGCAACAACAACAACAACCAGCAGAAUAAGCAGCGCAGGAAGCACCAGCGGAAGCAUUGGGGUCACCAGCGAACCGAACGCUACUGCUCCGCCCGGGAUCCCGCCCAAUUGGCCUAUGCGGCGCCCACCGUCUUCCAGGGCGUCUUCAAGUCGAUGUCCGCCGAUCGAAGGGUCAACUUCUCGGCGACCAUGAAGGUGCAAAAGGUGUACAAGCAGCAGCAUGACCUCCAGUUGCCCACGCUAGUGCGAUUGCAGUUCGCGCUGAGCAACAACAGCGGCGAGUGCGACAUAUACAGGGAGCGACUGUUGCCGCGGGGCCUGCUCCGGUCCGGGAACGAUCUGCAGCAGGCCUCGGAUAUAUCCUACAUGAUGUUUGUCCAGCAGACGAACCCGGGCAACUUCACCAUCCUCGGCCAGCCCAUCAGGGUCACCCACUCGGUGGUGAAAUCGGUCAAAAUGGCUGUGAGCGAAAAUUAUGCACAGAACGCAUCGAUCACGUCGAUCACCUCGGUGCCGAAUAAUACCACCAUCGAGCAUGGCCGGGAAUUGAGGAUCGUCUGCAAGGUGUCGGGCCAGCCGCCCCCGAAGGUCACCUGGUUCAAGGACGACAAGUCCAUCAAUCGCAAGCGCAACGUUUACCAAUUCAAGCAUCACAAAAGACGUUCCGAGCUGAUCGUGCGCUCCUUCAAUAGUUCCUCCGAUGCGGGCAAGUACGAGUGCCGGGCCAAGAAUAAAGCCAGCAAGGCGAUCGUCAAGCGCCGCAUCAUGAUCAAGGCCUCGGCAGUUCUCUUUCCGUUGGACCAGUCGCGCAGCUCGGGGACCCCCUGUCACUUCGAAUUCUGCUUCCAUGGCGGCACCUGUAUGAUGAUCGCAGAUCUGAACGCGGUCUUCUGCAGGUGCCCAACCGAAUUCUUCGGCGAACGUUGCGAGAACAGUAUGCCCGACAGUAGGUACAGCAAUAGUAAUCCUCCCGAACCAUGCAAAAAUUAUCAUGGAGGUUAUUACUGCUAAAAUAGGCACUUCUAUAGCAUCGAUUGUUUUACGUCGAGUCAAACGCGAGUUAUGCACAAUACCGAAACCGAAUCAAAUCAAGCAAACCGAACUCAGUGCCCAUACCAAAAUAAUGAAUAACAUAACAUACAAUAAAGUAAAGUAAAAUAAAAUAACACAACAGUACUACAAACUAAAAUAGAGCAAAGCAAAAACAACGAAAUUCCCAUUGCUAUCCUUCCACAUGAAAACUUUCCUGCAGAACAGCUGAAAAUAGAGAAAGUGAAAUAAACCAAAUAUAGUUGAUAAAUGAUAAAGCGACACAGCCACACCCAAUCACAUAGACAGAAAGUACAAAUACAGUAUGCAGAAUCGGACCCAAAUCUAUCCUCCAGACACCCAAUCACACACUCCACACACACCACACCACACCCCCUACUAUCAGUCACUUUGAAAACGACGAACUAAAAGUUUUAUUAGAGAACACAUUCCAAAAAGAAACAAAGUAAAGUCUUAAUAACGAAAACAAAGAGUAAACAAAAUAAAUAACUAACCAAGUUGUUCAUAAUAUUUAUUAUUUUGUAAACUAAAAACCAUAUUAAGAGCAAUCAUUAAACGAGAAAAAUCAAAUAAAUACGAAUAAAAACAAAGGGUGCUAUAGAAGGUUUAUUUUAAAUAGUGUUAAAAUAGGAACUUAAUUUAUUUUCAACUCACUCAUCACACAAACCACACACCAACCAAAACCACAAGUAAAUGUAAAAAAAAAAACAGCAAAACAAAACAAAAUUAUCAAGCAACUUGGUCGGACGGACAAGAGAACUGGCGGACGGACACCGGACAACCGGACAUUUUACCCACAGAAUACCGAGAAACUUGUCGAAUCCUUUGGCUCAGCCCACAUUUACUCACCCCCACAACACAACAUGAAUAUCCAGAUUUACGAUAACAAUCAACAGAGGCUCUCUUAAGUUAGAUACACGAAUAUCCACACGCAUAAACGAUGGCAAGUUCGCCAAAAAAAAAAAACCACUCACCCACAAAAGGCAAUGUACUGACUAAACAAUCGAAACGGGAACUGAAUUUUGUUUUGUUUUCAAUGUAAUUUUUUGUAGUUUGCAAAUAUUAAAAACAAACCACAUUCAAUAACCCAUAAUACAUAAUGAUUUGCAAUUAAUUUUAGUUACUACUCGUUAUUAGAAAUUAACCAUUGGCUGUAGAUUUUGACAAACCAAAAAAAAAAAACACCGGAAACCCCCAAUUCAAAUCAAACAAACCAACAACUUCAUUCUGCUCCUUGUUUACUUUUAUUUGGUGAUUGUUUUUUUUUGUAUAUUUUCUUUUGACUAAUCUCUUGCGUUUCCGAUUUGGGUAACUCUGUUCACUAUUACUUCCUUAGUUUGGGCUCGUCUCCUCUUAAAAAAAAUUCCACGGCAAAGAGAGAUCUUGUGUGAGCUCGAAUGAUCCAAAAAUGAAAAACAAACUUAUUUCCAAGCUGUUCUUGCUAAAAAAAAACACCUUCUCUUCAAUAUCCUCUGCAUGGAAUUCUUUCCUUCGAGAGCGCAAUUUGAUGCUUGUAGUUGCCCCUUUUUGUGGAAAUGGUUGUUAGCCAGCUUUUAGUUAACAGUAAAUGAAGAACUGAAAGAUUAAUUUUUAAUUUUAUUUAUAAUUUAAUCUCUUCACAGAUAUUUUGUUGCAAUCUACGGCCAAAUACAUACCUUAAAUAACGACUAUUAAUGCAUAGAAUUUUGUUUCAUUAUUUUUAUGAUUUUAUAAACAAAACGAAAAACAAAAAAAAUCGAACUCCCUGCACUCCAAAACGUCGACAAUUGUAAUUUUUUACGUUUUUAAAAAAUUAGAGAAUUUGUUGCACCAGCAGACCAAGCCCAAAAAAAACCCAUCACCGUUCUCAAAGUUUGCAACUACAAAGAAAACAUAUCCGAAACCGAAAACAUUUCAAAAUUCGUACGAUUCCCCCAGCCCAGAGUUCCUUCUUCUUCCCGAGCGAAAAGUUCCAGAUCCAGACUGACUUUAGCUACGUUUGUUUUUGUGCACGGUGACAGAAUAUUUUAAAUGUAUAAAUCUGAUGUAUGAAAUCUAAACAGAAACUUAAUUUAUUUAUUGUACGAAAGAUCAAAUCGAAGAUCGAAGUUUGUAGUUCAAAGUUCGAGAGGAAAGCAUUACCGAUUCGACCCUGACUCUGACACUGUUGCGCUUUUGUUGUUGUAUCAUAGACAAUACUUUUAAAAUGAGAACAAAGGUUGACGUAGCCGAGAACUUUGUAAUAAAUCCUGUAAAUAGCUCUCGUUUUAACUAACGAUAAGUUUUGUGUACAUUUCAACUAAGUUAAUGCAAGCCCUUCUUUAACCAUAAUUUAUUGUAUUUAAUUACACCUAAAUUAAACGUAACUCUAGCUUUAAGCUCACACACACACACACACAAACACAGAAACACCCCACACACAAACACUAUAAAACUACUUAAUUUCGAAAUACUAUUUUAUUUGUCCUCGUUUUUGAUUUGCGUAAUUUUAACACCGAAAUAUGUAAAAUGGCAAAUUAGUUAUUUUUUUCGCAAUGUGUAUGUUGACAUCAGUUUGUAUGGCUAGACGUAAAGGCAAGAAAGUGCGUAGAGAUUAUGUUUAAUUAUUUUAAGUGGCAAAUUUUUUAUAUAUUUAAUUAUUGAAAGAUUUAUACCAAAAAUACCAUGUAAAGUUUAAUUUUAAUUUAAAACAAAGCAUUAAACAAAC